AUGUCCUUGCUUACUGGAUGGAUAGACGAUGCUAGGCGAAGUUAUGUCGCUUACGGAGUAGAUCUCAUUCGGACGGGAUGUUUUCUUCUUCGCACCACACCGUCAGUGACGUACAGAGCCGCUGUCUUGUUUCAGCGCUUUCAGGCGGUCGUAGAGAAGGUUCGGCGUAAGCGCGGGGACUACCAAGAAGAAUAUGGCCUCACAGAAGGAGGCAACCCUCAUGAAUUGGCAUCUGGUACACGAAAACCGUCCUACACAGUGCCAAUGCACGUUGGGACAGAACGCCCUUCUGGGGUGCUUGCGUUCGGGGAUCCAUACGCUCCGCUGGAUUACUGCUUGUUCAACUUGCAUGAGCACGAUGAUAUCACGUAUCUCACCGCGGCGUGUGUUCUCAUCGCGGCAAAAAUGGAGGAUCAUUCAAUGCGUAUUCGUCUCAUUGUGGGCGUUUUCAUGCGUCUAAACCAACGCCGUCGUGGUGAGCCUGUUAUUGAGCAACUUCAGCCACCACCAGAGCGUUACGAUGAUUUUAAGUUAUGUAUGCUGGAAGCUGAAGAGGUUGUGUUGCAGGCGCUUGGCUUUCAGACCUUCGUGGAGUGCCCUUUUAAGUAUGCCAUUCUUUUUCUUGGAAUGAUUAUUGAAGAUGACAAAGUAGGAGUUGUCACCGAUGCCGGUGCGACGACGAGUAAUUCCUUUUACUUCAAUGGUACAUUUUCCAAUGUGGCCGUGAAGAGGUGGCUUGCAGACGCCGUGUGUUGGCUGAAUGACAUACCGCGUUGCAUAGAAUUAUAUGCUGAGGAAGCCCACGUGCUCGCGGUUUGCUCUCUCUUUUCCACGCGACCUUCGAACAUUACUGGCCUGCCAGACAAUUGGACGCUUGCCUUUGGCAUGGAGCGAACGAAGUUAAACGCCGUGUUGCGUCUGCAUCAAAGGCACCUAGAAGAGGCGGUUAACUCAGUAAACAACAAUGUGCGGCUCCUCCUAGAGACGCGGCAGACGAAGCCAUACUACCCAAAAGCGACGGAAGACGGCGCCGCAGGCGGUGACCCUGUUAUUAGUGUGCCCGCGGCGGAGAGCAAACCCGAGGCCCCCACACCUCAGCCACCGGUACAACCAGCGGAAUUAGCCCCGCCCAUUCCUUCAUCCGGCAUAAAAAUUCCAUCUGCCAAUCCUUUGCUAGCUGUGGCACCCGCCAUAGCUCCAAUUAACCGGCUGGGGUCUCUUCAGCCGGCGAUUCACAUCAAUUUUGUUCCAGCUACCAACCCGGGUGUGGACAGUAAGGACAGCAAUAUCAGCGGCAGCAACAGUGUCAACAGCAUCAGCCAUCACAACCCAAUUCACAUAGAUAUGCCACACAACAGCAUGCUACCGGGAGUGGCGUACCCAUCGUUGCUGAACAACCCUUUGAGGAAGAGUUCCACUUUGAGGAUCUAA